AUGAGACAGGUGAAGGAGAGACUCGGCUUACCCCUGGGCGCUCCAUACGCGGGGAAAGAUCUAGGAAACCUCGUAGACAUGUACAUAUCCAUGGCCAAAGAGCAUAUGAAGGUCCGUUACCGGACUCUUAACUUGGGCGUGUUUUACAGUCCUAUCCUAUACUUCCGGAAUAACGGACUCUUUGGCUCCCAAGGCGUAAGGGACCGUAUAAGCGAAAGGAUACACAAUGCCGAUCUAGCCAGGGACCUGAUAUGGGUUCUCCACAGCGAAAUCGGGCCUGAAGAGUUCGAGAAUUCCAGGAACUCCACCGUCAGUUAUUUCACAGAGCUCUCCUCAAUGACCCCUGCGGAAGCGGCAGUGAUUGGUUGA